GUGCAAGUGGAAAAUGCAGCUAUAAUCGAAAUAGAAAAGUGUGUGGAUUUUCCUUAUUCACACCCAAUUAAACUACAUCGCAUUAAAAGUCGAAAAUUUGUGCGUAAUUUUGUAGUUUCUAUCAACUACAAACACCUGUUGAACACCUAAGAAGUUUCAAACGAGGACAAAGUGCAGCUCGGUGAAAAAUCAAUAAUAAUAUUUAGCAUAUGGCAAAGCAUAGAAAGGGCAGCAAGCAAGCAGAUAAGACAGAUUAAGCACGUCGCAAUAUCAUUGUGCAUUAAUCAUACGCCGCGUGUGCCACGCAACAAUAUUACAUUUCUUGCAGACGAACGGCAGCAAAAAACGGCAAAGUGUGCCGCAUGACCCUGAACUUUGAACUGGCAGUGAACUCUCACGGAAGUAAACAACAACAACAACAACAACAGCAACAACAAGCACAACUACAACAACAAAAACAAAAACAACAAUAUGGCCAGCAUGCGCCGCUUUCGCAAGUUGAACCAGCGCAGCGACGACACCGACAACGACGACGACGCCGAGGCAACUGCGACGCUGUUGAGGUCAUCUCCCAACAUAUUGGAGAACUACGCAUACGAUCAGACAACGCGCAUCCAGGCAGCACACGCUCAACUCAAACGCAUGGCGACGACCCCAAGGCAGGUGCAGGUGGCGAAGCGACCGCCUUCGCCGCGUUUCUGCGAGACUCUGGAGCGGCAUGCGUUCAUGCGGAAUGUGAUCAAUACGCGGCCGGAGCCACAGCGUCGUUACUCGACGCCGGGCGAGAAGGAGGCGCAUGUGCGACGGAGUCUCGAGGAGAUAUCGAAGGACAUCAAGGAGAUCGAGCAGUUUGUCAGCGCCACCGAGCAGCUGCUGCAGCGUGAAAAGGAGCAAGAGCGUCAGGCAGAUAAUCAGCGGAAGCAGCAGCGCGACAAGGAGAACAAGACACCGAGUCCGGCCAAGCACAAGAUCACGUACAAGAUCAAUGCAUACAAGGCGCCCGCUCAUCGUCGCCAGCGUCCGAACAGUCCGCGUUUCUAUCACUCGCGUCUGUACUUCCGCAACGGACGCAUUGGCUGCCUCGAUGCAGAGCGCUCCGGGCAGGGCAGCAACAUCGAGAGCACCCAUGCGCUGGUCAAGCACAUACUGAAGCACGAGAAGCCGCUGGUCAGUCCGGACAGCGUGCGGAGAGUGCUGCAGCCACAGCAGUACAUUGAGAUGACCCCUCUCCCGGGUGCUGUGCCCGAGCCAGAGGAUCCCAUUGCGGCACAGCGGGCGGCAGAGUUGCGCAGCGCCACGGGGCAGGUGAUUCUGGAGCCAACGCAGACGGAUCAGUGUGAUGAGCAAUCGCAGGCCAUGCUGGAGGAUGAGGACGAGCAGGAUGUGCAGAUCUGUUACAACGAAUCGCCCGAGUUGCAGAACAACGAUCGAAACAUGCGCAGCACGCGUUCCUCCUCGUUGAACGACAGCGAAAUCGUUGCAGUCGUCGAGGCGGAUGCCGUGGUCAGCUCGGCGGAGCAACAGCGUCCGAGCAGUGCGGGCAGCUUGGACUCGCAGGGGCAGCAAUUCUUGCGGGAUCAAGUGCGGCAUCUGGUGCGUCGUUUCACGGCACGGGCCAACAAGGUGAAGUCACGCAUCGAACUGCCCCCGACGCCAUCGUCGAGCAAUGCCAGUUCUCCGACACCGCCAACCGGGAAUCAGGCCACGCUCCACGCCAGCACCAAGAGUCUGCAUCCGUCGCCAGGGCACAAGGUGCGUCUGGUGCCCGCCGGGCAGUCGCCGCAUCGUGGACGUCUCUUUGAGGCGGACACUCCGCGCUCCAAUGUCUGGCUGUGCUCGAGCUUGUGUGGGGCCAACAACGAUGAACGCACUCUCGAUCCGCAGGGCAAGAUCUACAUCUCGUGGCUCUGUGUGGUGUCCUUGUCGUUCCUCUACAAUGCUUGGGUCAUUCCGCUGCGUGCCUCGUUCCCCUUUCAGACCAAGGAGAACACCAACAUUUGGCUCGCGUUUGACUUUUGUGCCGAUAUCAUUUAUCUGCUGGACGUGGUUUUCUUCAAGCACCGGAUCAUGUAUCUCUUCGAGGGAUUUUGGGUGAAGAACAAGAAUCUGACGCGCAAGAACUACAUGAGGAAGCUGCAGUUCAAGCUGGACAUCUUGGCCUUGCUGCCCUUGGAGCUCUUCUAUCUGAAAUAUGGCACUGGCGCUGUUUGGCUGCGUUUUCCGCGCUUCUUCAAGAUUCAGAGCUUCUGGGAGGUUUUUCGUCUGCUGGAUCGUGUCAUCUCCUCGCCACACUUUGUGCGAGUGGCCAAGACUCUGACCUACAUGCUGUACAUGAUUCACAUAACUGCCGCCUUGUAUUACGCCUACAGUGAUUAUCAGGGCUUGGGUCAGAAUCGUUGGGUCUUCAGCGGCCGAGGUCAUCCAUAUGUGAGAUGCUUUGCCUUUGCCACUAAGACAGCUACCUCGAUUGGCAAGAAUCCGAAGCCGGAGAGGCAGGGUGAAUAUGUGUUCAUGACGGUCGCCUGGUUGAUGGGCGUCUUUGUGUUCGCCCUGCUCAUUGGUCAGAUUCGAGACAUCAUUUCGACAGCGACACGCAAUCGACACGAGUAUCGCCAGCUGGAGGACGAGACUCUGGAGUACAUGAGGCGCUUGAAUCUGUCGCAAGAAGUGCAGUCGCGUGUGAAGAUGUGGUUCCAGUUCACCUGGGAGCAACAGCGCACUUUGGAUGAGUCCAAUAUCCUCGAUGCUCUGCCCAUCAAUCUGAAGACGGACAUUGCCAUUUCUGUGCACAUUCAAACACUGUCCAAAGUGCAGCUCUUUGCCGACUGUGAGGAGGCUUUGCUCCGAGAUCUGGUGCUGAAGCUGCGUGCGGUGACUUUUCUGCCCGGCGACUUUGUGUGCCGCAAGGGCGAAGUGGGUCGGGAGAUGUACAUUGUGAAGCUGGGACAGGUGCAAGUGAUGGGCGGACCGGGCAGCGAUGUUGUGCUCGCCACGCUCACCGAGGGAUCCGUGUUCGGUGAGAUCAGUUUGCUGGGCAUCAAUGGCGCCGAUCGACGCACGGCAGAUGUACGCUCCAAGGGCUACUCCAAUCUGUUUGUGCUCUCGAAGUCGGAUCUGAAUGAGGUCAUCGCCUACUACCCGAAUGCCCAGGCGAUACUCAAGAAGCGAGCGCGACAAUUGAUGCGCAAGAAUGCGGCGCGAGAGCGCGAGGAAGAGGAGCGAGAACGAGCUCGCAGUGCGCUGCAGGCUGAUGUGGUCAUUGGUAACCCGAAGACACCUGAAACGCCGCCCAAAUUGCUGCAGACUGUCAUCCAGGCGCUGCCCUACGAGUCUCCGGCAGUGGUGCUCAUCACCCGUGGCUCGAAGCGUGUGCGUCGUAAGCGGCAAUCGGUGCAGAUGGAGACGAUUGUGGAGCCCACUUUGGAUGUGGCUGGCUGCGCAGAGGCAACUCAACAGUCUGGCCAUCGGGAUCGCGAUAGUCUGAUCAUGAAACCCGGUCGUGGUUCACCCGAUUUGCUGUCCUCCAUUCAGCAGGAGCUCAAGACCAAGCACAAGUUCAUCAAUCUGACCGACUCCGAGAAGGCGCUGAUCAUCACGCAGUCCGCCAACAAUUCCAUGGAGUGUGUCCAGGAAGAUGUUCUAUAAACUGAAGACACAACCUAUUAUUAUGUGCUAUAUGUAUUAUGUAUUAACUCUGCGAUAUAUUAUAUGUGUGAAUGUUUAUGCUUUACGAAUGCAAAUGAAGUUGUUUAACAAACUAUGCUUUAUAUUAAAAAUGUAUCUCUAAGAUGAUAAGAUGA